AUGGCAGCUCACCCCUUGGUGGCUCUCGGGCAAUUAGCACAGGCCUUUGCACAACCACCCGGGAAUCCCAAGCCAGGAUCCUUUGCCAGCUCAGGACCGCGCAUUUGUUUUCAGUAUCGCGACACUGGUCGUUGCUCGAGGGGGGAUGCCUGCAAUUUCGUACACUCGAAUGCCAACGGCACCAACCAUGCAAUGUCAACGACUACAGUGACUGGAGUAGAUGCUGCUGCCAGAGCAGGCGGCAAAAACUUACAGGACAAGGGGAUCACUCACGACUUCCAUGGUUUCACGACUGGUUGCGUGCCUGAGGGGUCUACUCACAAAUUUGGCCAAAUCACUGUCGUUGAGCACUCUGAUGUGGUUGACAGAUUAGCCAUGACCAAGAAUGGCCAGCUUCUAUACCGCAUGCUUCCCGUACAUACUGACGCAUUCGACUUGCUUGCCGAGCUCACCAAAUACUUGGAUGGUAAUGCCACCUGUCACGGGAAACCUGUCACUCCAUCUGCCCUCCACCAGGUGAUGCGUGGUAUCAUUCGCCAGCUUCAGCUUGACGGUUGGAAGGCUCGCGAUGACGUGGAGGAGGCCAUUGCACAGACCCCCAACAUGCCGCCGGAGAUGGCCAAGCUGCAGGACAGCAUCCGCGAGCUCACCAAUGCGGUUCGCAAUCAGGCAACACCUUUGCAUGGUGCCAAGCGCUCUCCGCAAACUUCUCCCGGGGAUUUCGCGAAGCAAUUCCAAACAAUGUCGGAGGCGGACAGGCUUGCAGCGCUCGCCGCGAUUGGUGUGCCAACGACCUCUCUACCACCGGCAUCCUUCACAUCACCUCCGCGGAAAAUCUUUACUUCAGUGCCCGGUGCAUUCUCCAGUGGACCCAGCGCGCACAACCAAGUCUAUGCAGGCCCAUUGUUCGGUGACGACGAUGAUGAGGAACCCGAUGCAGUCUUGGACCUCCCGAUUGCGGAUGCCUCAGCCGAACUCCUCCACUUAACACGGUCAUCUACCGCAGAGCUGGGGUAUGUGCGCGAGAAGGUCGCUUAUGACGCUGCCCAACCAUUGCAGAUUGCAGAGCUGGACGGCAUGGUUGGCCCAUGGGAUGCACGCAUACCUGUGACAACCGAUUUCCCGGGGCUGAAGGACAUACUCAAGGAGCAGCCGCCGAACGUGAUUGACAUGACCAAGAGUCUUAUCCCCAAAGUGUGCAAGCAAAUCCAUUUGGUAGCAAAGCCCGGUACGCGGAUUGAUCACCUGUACAAUAGCUUCGGGUUCAAAUUCCAAUCGCGUGGCCAGCAGGAUGCUGGCAUUGUGGGGCUAGCACUUUGCCUCAGCCGCAAAGCGUGCGGGCUUUCGUGUACUCCCGAAGUCCCGAGCCCAUGA